AUUUCUCUCCGAUAUUCGUAUUCAUUUGGAGAUUUCGGUGUCAUAAGUGGAAAAGACCGCAAUAUGGUACUCCACUUUAUUCUUAUUUUCUUCUCAUAAGCCCUACAAUUCAAUGGCGCUUAUGAAGCACGCGAAUAGCCAUAAAGUUGGACCGAAACCUAACAAUUCUGGUACCUUGUGUUGUGGCUGUCCUUCAGUUACUAGAUGCACACGUGCAGGCAGGACGCUCAUAUAGAAGAAUUGUAUAUAUCUGGGAAACUUCCUGUGCGACUGGCCUGAGAUCCCAUCUCGGCUCCUUUUCAGACGACAUUCCAACCCUCCAAAGAUCAGUCGAAUUACCCUGCAGAGCUGCCUAGACACUUAUCCAUCACAAUGGUGCUCCAUCAAUACGACUACAUCUUUGCCAUUGGCACUUUAUUUGCUAUGCUAGAUGCCUAUAACAACGGUGCAAAUGAUGUUGCCAACUCUUGGGCUACCAGUGUCUCCUCAAGAUCGAUCUCCUACCGACAAGCUAUGGUUCUCGGAACCGUCUUCGAAAUGCUAGGUGCCAUUACUGUCGGUGCCCGAACUGCAGAUACUAUAAAGAACGGUAUUAUUCCAAACGUUGCUUUCCAGGGCAACGCCGGUGUCCAGAUGCUCGCCUUUACAUGUGCCCUUGCCGCUGCAUCCUCUUGGGUUAUGUGGUGCACUCGCCAUUCUGCUCAUGUUUCCUCCACCUACUCGCUCAUCUCUGCUGUUGCUGGCGUCGGCGUUGCAACAGUAGGCGCAGGACAAGUCCAGUGGGGAUGGAACAAUGGCAAGGGACUUGGUGCCAUCUUCGCUGGGCUGGGAAUGGCCCCUGCAAUUGCUGGAGGCUUCGCUGCCAGUAUUUUCCUUUUGAUCAAGUUUGUUGUCCAUGUUAGGAAGAGUCCUGCUAAAUGGGCCGUAUAUACCUCUCCAUUCUUCUUUCUCAUUGCUGGUACAAUCUGCACUCUGUCCAUUGUCUACAAGGGUUCUCCCAAUCUCGGUCUAGGCAAGAAACCCGCAUGGUACAUUGCUGCUGUCACUAUGGGCACCGGUGGAGGCGUUUGUCUUCUAUCUGCUCUCUUCUUUGUCCCUUUUGCGCGCGCUAAAAUUCUGAAGAAAGACUAUACUAUCAAGUGGUGGAUGUUCAUUCUCGGUCCUCUCCUCUGGAAUCGCCCAGCUCCUGCAGAUGCUGAAUCUGCUGCCGUCCCCAACUAUGCUGUUAUUCAAGAGGAAGAGCACGUUCAUGAAUCUAGUCGCUCGUUACAGACCGAGUCACUCGAUAGCGAGUCGCCGAAGAAGACUGAUGGCGACGGUAUCACUGCCACUUCCAUUCCGGCCGAAAAAAACCUUUCAAUUGUUGAGGCCAAUACUCUCAGUCACGAAGAGCAUACGCAGGCCAAUGAAGCCAAAUUCAAUUCCCGCCUUUACAAAAGCCGAGGACCAAUUGGCUGGGCUAUGCGCACACUUCGCGACAACCCCAUGGGCCCAGGCCAAGUUUACGAGUGGCAUAACGUCAGAAUCUUGGCAAAGCGCAUCCCAGCCAUGGUUGUUUGUGGUGCCCUCUACGGUCUCUAUUACGAUAUACAUGCCGCCCAGACUGGUACUGAGGGAACCCCUGAUGGUGAUCGCAUGAAACGGGUGUACGCCAAUGCUGAGAAAUAUCCAAACGAAGUUGAGCACACGUACUCGUUCAUUCAAGUUUUGACAGCAUGCACUGCUUCUUUUGCCCAUGGUGCUAAUGAUAUUGGCAACUCCGUCGGGCCUUGGGCUGUCAUAUACUCUGCUUGGAGAACUGGUAACGCCGCUGCGGCAAAAGCCCCUGUCCCCGUUUGGCAGUUAGCUGUCUUGGCUGCCAUGAUAUCGAUUGGUCUCAUCACCUAUGGGUAUAACAUUAUGAAAGUCAUGGGCAAUAAGAUCACCUAUCACUCUCCUUCUAGAGGUUGUUCCAUGGAAAUGGGCGCUGCUAUUACUGUUCUUGUCUUUUCUCAGUACUCUCUGCCUGUCUCUACGUCUAUGUGUAUCACUGGCGCAACAGUCGGAGUUGGUCUCUGCAACGGUUCCUUGCAAGCUGUUAACUUCCAGCGAGUUGGACUUCUGCUAUUUUCUUGGAUCAUGACUAUUCCCGUCGCAGGUACUCUCGGUGGUAUCCUCAUGGGCCUCUUCCUAAAUGCGCCACACUUUAUAUCUUCGUAGGAUAUCCAAGAAAAAUUAGAUAGGAAGAUUCAGUAGUAAGUUCAUUAAUGGAAGUUUUUGAGAUAUUCGAAACCAAGACCAAAAGUCACAAAUUUAUCAGCAUUACAGUUGCUCGCUUCUUGCUCGAUUAUGCUUAGCUUUAUUGCCCCGCCAUGCCGAUGGGGCCGAUGAGGGGUGUUGGCCUUUACAUCUAGGAAAGAAAACGCUCUAUCAUGGCAUAACAAAGAAUUUCACAUAAUCAAGGGGUAUAGCUCCUUAGUUAAGGCUUUAUCUGUUUAUUUUAAGCCAAUAAGCCAAAUCUUCGUAUUUCCACAACGUAACGCCACUAUUCCACCCAAAUAAAUUGCAGUUUUCCAC